GCUGAGAUGACAGCCGGGGAGAAGGUGAAGGUUGUCUCUGGGGAUCCGCGACCCGGCUAGAUCCGUCAGCAAGACUUCCAGCAUGGAUCUACACACAGCGGUGUACAAUGCGGCGCACGACGGCAAGCUGCUGCUGCUUCAGAAGCUGCUGGCCGGCCGCGGGCGUGAGGAGAUAGAGGAGCUGCUGGGUGAGGUGGCCGGCGGUGGCACACCACUGCUAAUCGCGGCGCGCCGUGGACACCUGGACGUGGUGGAGUACCUGGUGGACAACUGCGGCGCCAGUGUGGAGGCGAGCGGCUCCGUACACUUCGAUGGCGAGACUAUUGAGGGCGCGCCGCCGCUAUGGGCAGCGUCAGCAGCGGGUCACUUAGCUGUGGUGCGUAGCCUUCUGCGCCGAGGCGCCUCGGUCAACCGCACUACGCGCACCAACUCUACGCCGCUACGCGCCGCGUGCUUUGACGGCCACCUGGACGUGGUGCGCUACCUGGUGGGCGAGCACAAGGCGGACCUAGAGGUAGCCAACCGCCACGGCCACACGUGCCUUAUGAUAUCAUGCUACAAGGGCCACCGCGAGAUUGCGCGCUACCUCCUGGAACGGGGCGCGCAGGUGAAUCGUCGCAGCGCCAAGGGCAACACCGCCCUUCACGACUGUGCGGAAUCUGGCAGCCUGGAGAUUCUGCAGCUGCUGCUGGGCUGUCACGCGCGUAUGGAACGCGACGGCUAUGGCAUGACCCCGCUACUGGCUGCCAGCGUCACCGGGCACACCAACAUCGUGGAGUACCUCAUCCAGGAACAGCCCGGCCACGGGCAGCUCUCAGGGACAGAGCUUCCCGGAGAAGGCUCCUCCCAGAUGGCAGGAAACCACUGUUCCACCCCAGAGGAAGCAGAACCGUAUGAGAGCUGCUGCCCUACCAGCCGGGAAGCGGCUGUGGAAGCUUUGGAGCUGCUAGGUGCUACCUAUGUCGAUAAGAAAAGGGAUCUGCUUGGAGCCCUGAAGCAUUGGAGACGGGCAAUGGAACUCCGCCACCAGGGUGGGGACUACCUUCCUAAGCCUGAACCCCAGCAACUGGUUCUAGCCUAUGACUAUUCCAGGGAGGUGAGCACGCCCCAAGAGUUGGAAGCCCUCAUCACAGAUCCUGAUGAGAUGCGGAUGCAGGCACUGCUGAUACGGGAGAGGAUCCUGGGCCCCUCGCAUCCUGACACUUCAUAUUACAUAAGAUACCGGGGUGCUGUCUAUGCAGACUCUGGAAAUUUCGAGCGCUGUAUCCGUCUGUGGAAGUAUGCCUUGGACAUGCAACAGAACAACCUGGAGCCCCUGAGCCCCAUGACCGCCAGCAGCUUCCUGUCGUUUGCAGAGCUCUUCUCCUACGUGCUGCAGGACCGCUCAGCCAAGGGCAACCUAGGCAUGCAGCUUGGCUUUGCUGACCUCAUGGGUGUGCUCAGCAAAGGGGUUCGGGAAGUGGAGCGGGCUCUACAGCUGCCCAAGGAACCGGGUGACUCUGCACAGUUCACCAAAGCCAUUGCCAUCAUCCUCCACCUUCUGUAUCUGCUGGAGAAGGUGGAGUGCACCCCCAGCCAGGAACACCUCAAGCACCAGACAGUCUACCGCCUGCUCAAGUGUGCCCCUCGAGGUAAGAACGGCUUCACCCCACUGCACAUGGCAGUGGAUAAGGAGACCACCAACGUGGGCCGGUACCGUGUGGGCAUCUUCCCGUCGUUGCAGGUGGUGAAGGUACUGUUGGACUGCGGAGCAGACCCUGACAGCAGGGACUUCGACAACAACACACCACUGCAUGUCGCUGCCCAGAACAAUUGCCCUGCCAUCAUGGAUGCCCUCAUCGAAGCUGGAGCCCACAUGGAUGCCACCAAUGCCUUCAAGAAGACUGCCUACGAGCUGCUGGACUCGAAGCUGUUAGCCAAGAGCACCAUGCAGCCCUUCAAUUAUGUGACACUCCAGUGCCUAGCUGCUCGUGCCCUGGACAGGAACAAGGUCCCUUAUAAGGGCUUUAUCCCAGAGGAGCUGGAGGCCUUCAUCCAGUUACACUGAGCCUGGCCCAGCCACUGGUGCCCACUUAGGCCUUACUUCUCCAAGCAGAAGCAUCCACUCCCCUUGGCCUGUUGGAGGGAGCCCAGCUGUUGAUUCUAGAAGCCUCCAGGGUCACAUGGUAGGAAGAUGGUCUUUCUUUGUGGAAAUGAAAAAAAAAAAA